AUGGCCUCGCUGGACCUGCCAUACCGCUGCCCCCGCUGCGGGGAGCACAAGCGCUUCCGGAGCCUGUCGUCCCUGCGCGCCCACCUAGAGUACAGCCACACCUAUGAGACUCUAUACAUCCUCUCCAAGACCAACAGCAUUUGCGACGGCGCCGCGGCUGCAGCAGCUGCUGCAGCCGCAGCCUCGGGCUUCCCGCUGGCGCCCGAGCCCGCCGCCCUGCUGGCUGUGCCCGGAGCCCGGCGCGAGGUCUUUGAGAGCACGUCCUUUCAGGGCAAGGAGCAGGCCGCUGGGCCGUCGCCUGCAACGCCGCACCUGCUGCACCACCACCACCACCACGCACCCCUCGCCCAUUUCCCGGGCGACUUGGUGCCCGCCAGCCUGCCCUGCGAGGAGCUGGGUGAGCCGGGUCUCGUGCCCACCGCUGCCGCACGCUAUGCGCUGCGUGAGAUAGAGAUCCCGCUGGGAGAGCUGUUCGCCCGCAAGUCCGUGGCAUCCUCUGCGUGCUCGACGCCGCCGCCAGGGCCCGGCCCAGGCCCGGCUUCGGCCUCGCCCGCCUCCCCCUCGCCAGCCGAUGUGGCUUACGAGGAGGGCCUGGCGCGCCUCAAGAUACGCGCUCUGGAGAAGUUGGAGGUGGACCGGCGGUUGGAGAGGCUGAGCGAGGAGGUGGAGCAGAAGAUUGCGGGCCAAGUGGGCCGGCUGCAGGCAGAGCUGGAGCGCAAAGCUGCAGAGCUGGAGACUGCUAGGCAGGAGAGCGCUCGACUGGGGCGCGAGAAGGAGGAGCUGGAGGAGCGAGCAUCUGAGCUCUCGCGGCAGGUGGAUGUGAGCGUGGAGCUGCUGGCCUCUCUCAAGCAGGACCUGGUGCACAAGGAACAGGAGCUGAGCCGCAAGCAGCAGGAGGUGGUACAGAUUGACCAGUUCCUGAAGGAGACAGCAGCUCGGGAGGCCAGUGCCAAGCUGCGCCUGCAGCAGUUCAUCGAGGAACUCCUGGAGCGGGCCGACCGAGCUGAACGUCAGCUGCAGGUCAUCAGCAGCAGCUGUGGCAGCACACCCAGUGCCAGCCUGGGGCGUGGAGGUGGGGGCAGUGGUGCAGGGCCAGGGGCCCGGGGCCCAGGCAGAAUGCGAGAGCACCACGUGGGCCCGGCCGUGCCUAGCACAUACGCGGUAUCACGGCAUGGCUCUUCUCCCAGCACAGGGGCCUCCAGCCGUGUGCAAGCUGCCUCCCAGAGCUCAGGCUGCUAUGAUAGUGACAGCCUGGAGCUGCCCCGGCCAGAGGAGGGGGCACCUGAAGACAGUGGCUCUGGGGGCUUGGGCACACGGGCCCAGGCUACCAAUGGUGGCUCAGAGCGGUCCCAGGCCCCUCGAAGCUCAGGCCUACGGCGCCAGGCCAUCCAGAACUGGCAGCGCAGACCUCGCAGACACAGCACUGAGGGGGAGGAGGGUGAUGUCUCAGACGUGGGCUCCCGAACCACGGAGUCGGAGGCUGAGGGCCCCUCAGAUGUCCCCCGCCCUGGGCCUGCUAUGGCUGGGCAAGUGAGCAGCUGCCGACUUUCAGCCCGCCCCGAGGGAGGCAGUGGACGAGGCCGGCGAGGGGAGCGGGGUAGCCCCUCACGCUCCAAUGAGGUCAUCAGCCCAGAGAUCCUUAAGAUGCGAGCUGCCUUGUUCUGCAUCUUCACCUACCUGGACACACGCACGCUGCUGCAUGCUGCAGAGGUCUGCCGGGACUGGCGCUUCGUGGCCCGUCACCCUGCUGUCUGGACAAGGGUGCUGCUAGAGAAUGCGAGAGUGUGUUCCAAGUUUCUGGCAAUGCUGGCUCAGUGGUGCACGCAGGCCCACUCGCUGACCCUGCAGAACCUGAAGCCCCGACAGCGGGGGAAGAAGGAGAGCAAGGAGGAGUACGCCCGGAGCACCCGGGGCUGCCUUGAAGCAGGGCUGGAGUCCCUGCUGAAGGCAGCCGGGGGGAACCUGCUGAUCCUGCGCAUCUCCCACUGUCCCAACAUCCUCACCGACCGUUCACUCUGGCUGGCCAGCUGCUACUGUCGUGCCCUGCAGGCUGUCACCUACAGGAGUGCCACAGACCCAGUGGGCCACGAAGUUAUUUGGGCUCUAGGUGCAGGCUGCAGAGAGAUUGUCUCCCUCCAGGUGGCGCCUCUUCACCCCUGCCAGCAGCCCACGCGCUUCAGUAACCGCUGCCUGCAGAUGAUCGGUCGCUGUUGGCCCCACCUCCGGGCUCUGGGGGUUGGGGGCGCCGGCUGUGGGGUGCAGGGCCUGGCAUCACUUGCAAGAAACUGCAUGCGGCUGCAGGUCCUGGAGCUGGACCAUGUGUCAGAGAUCACCCAGGAGGUGGCAGCUGAGGUCUGCCGGGAAGGCCUGAAGGGACUAGAGAUGCUGGUACUCACGGCYACCCCUGUCACUCCUAAGGCCCUACUGCAUUUCAACAGCAUCUGUCGGAACCUCAAGUCCAUUGUGGUCCAAAUUGGAAUUGCUGAUUAUUUCAAGGAGCCCAGCAGCCCUGAGGCUCAGAAGCUAUUUGAGGAUAUGGUGACAAAACUCCAGGCCCUGCGACGAAGGCCUGGCUUCUCUAAGAUCCUGCACAUCAAGGUGGAAGGCGGCUGCUAACCCGGGGGGCAGGGGGUGGCAGGGCACCUGCCAGCCCCACACCAAGGCAUUAUUUGUACCUCCAGAGGGAUCCUGGUUUGGACUAGACCUUUGGAGGCCUAGUGUUAUCCCAGCUUCCAGGGAGGGGUUGAGUAUCCUGUCCUACUGGAACAGCAGAGCAACAGGUCUGACCCAAGGCAGGGGCUUGGACAGAAGCUGCCCUCUGACCCCCACCCUAUCCCCGCUGGAGCAGACUUCUGGCACAGCCAGCGAGGAGCUGUCACCACCAGCACUGGUGUCUUCACUCGAAGGAUCUGCAAUAACUACCAGUGGCUCCUCAGCUGCUCAGGCAGGCCUGUCUUUCCUGAGGCCCCAGUCUCCAGG